AUGGUAAAAGAGGAGAUUCCAUGCUACGACCUGCGGACGCAUGUAUGCUUCUGUCGCUCCCACCAGCACGCCGGUGCUCUGUACGGCUCGGACGAUGAGCAGGAGCAGUUCUGGCACCGGGCAUGCUGGCUGUCUGGCCUCGGCCUCCUGCCCGGUGAGAACCCAGAGGAGGUGUCGUGGAGAAAGAUCGCGUUCGAGUGCGUGGAGCGCGAUGGGUUCUGGUCGGAUCAGCCUGAGCUGCCUGUGUGUGGAGGAGAUCUGCUUAUGGUGAAUGCACAGAACAUGUGA